AUGUCGCAGCUAAGUACGAAUCUGGGUGAUUCCAGCCCUCCGGAGUCCCCAGUGCCUGCAGUCCAUAGCCGCCCUACAGUUCUGAUGCGGGCCCCGCCUGCUUCCUCCCGGGCUCCUCCUGUCCCUUGGGAUCCACCUCCAGUGGACUUGCAGGCUCCCCUGGCUGCUUGGCAGGCUCCCCAGCCUGCAUGGGAGGCUCCGGAGGGCCAGCUGCCUGCCCCAGUGGCUCAGCUGGCCCAGCCUCCUGCUCUAGGGGCCCCAAUGGUCCAGGCUCCGCAGCUCGGGGGGGCGAUGGCCAAGCCUCCAACUCCUGGAGUCUUGAUGGUCCAUCAGCCCCCUCCGGGAGCACCUAUGGCCCAGUCUUCAACUCCGGGAGUCCUGAUGUUACAUCCUUCUGUCACGGGGGCCCCUUUGGCUCAGCCCCCAGGAGUCCCGAUGACACACCCUCCCGGGACCUCGAUGGCGCACCCUCCCCCCCCUCCUCCUCCUCCCCCUCCUCCUCUCCCCCCUCCUCCUCCUCCUGGGACCCCAAUGGCCCACCCAGCUCCUCCUGGGACCCCUAUGACCCAUCAUCCACUGGGGAACCCGAUGGUGCAUUCUCUCCCUCAUGGAACCCCGAUGGUCCAUGGGGGAUCACAUGGAACCCCAAUGCCGCAUGUUCCCAUUACGGGGACACCGAUAGCCCAGCAGCCAACUCCAGGAGUCCUGAUGACCCAGCAGCUGACACCGAUGGCCCAGCAGCUGACACAGAUGGCCCAGCAGCUGACACCGGGAGUCCUGAUGGUCCAGCCGUCUGCUGCAGGAGCUCCAAUGGUCCAGCCUCCUCCACAGGCUGCCUUGAUGACCCAGCCUGCAUCUUCGAUUACUCCGAUGGCGAAGCCUCCAGGUCAUGGUGUCGUGAUGAUCCAUUCUCCAUGUGCCAGAGGUUCAAUCAUUCAGACUCCAGUAUCAGGAGCACAAAUGGCACAGACAGUGCUGUCCCAUGGGCAGCCUCUGGCUACUUGGGCUUCGCAGGGUCAGCCUUUGAUCCUACAAAUCCAGUCUCAAGUCAUAAGAGCUACUCCGCAGAUUCCCGCUUUACCACAGAUUCCCGCUUUACCACAGAUUCCCGCUUUACCACAGAUUCCCGCUUUACCACAAGUCCCCCAGGUACAGCUGACCACACCCCCAGGUUGGCAGGCCACCACAUCCAACUGGCAGGUGGCCCCCCAGGGGUGGCCAGCAACUCCUUUUACCUGGCAGGCUACACAGGUGACCUGGCAGACCCCCACAAUAACCUGGCAGACCACUUCACAUGUGAGCAGAGGGCACUCAUCCGUUCGUCCUGGGACAAGCCUUCGACAUAUACCACCUCAAGUGAUUCGCCAGCUGCCUCCUGUGAUCCGUCAGAUCCAACCUAUAAUGCGGCAGGCCCCACCACUGAUCCGACAGGUCCCUAUCAGACAAGGUCAUGGCAUAGCAAGCCAGCCUCAGCUGUGGCACGUCCUGCCACCCCCUCCUCCACUGCGUCAGGCUCCACAUGCUCGUCUGCUGCUCCCAAGGUUGUCAGGAGCAGGCCAGGUGUCUACAGUAUCACCAGUUGCUCAGAUACAUUUGGUGCCACAGUCAGGCCCACAGGUGCCCCAGACAGUACUGCCAGCCCAACUUUCUCUCCCAAUUCCUUUACCCCAGGCUGCUGCUCAGGCUGCUUCCCGGGCAGUGCACUGCCCAUCCAUCAUCUGGCAGGCCCCCAAAGGCCAGCCCCCGGUGCCACAGGAGCUCCCAGUUCUACAGGAGCUCCCGGCGCCAGAGGAGGUCCCAGUGCCACAGGAGCUCCCAGUUCCACAGGAGGUCCAGGUGCCACAGGAGGAAGUCCAGGUGCCACAGGAGGAGGAGGUCCAGGUGCCACAGGAGGAGGUCCAGGUGCCACAGGAGGAGGUCCAGGUGCCACAGGAGGUCCAGGUGCCAGAGGAGGUCCAGGUACCACAGGAGGUCCAGGUGCCACAGGAGCUUCCAGUGCCACAGGAGCUCCCAGUGCCAUUGGAGUUCCAGGAGGUACAGCAGGCCCAGGCAAUGGGCUGGCGGGCACCCAAGGUACCUACUCACUUCUGGCAGCCUGUGCCUGCCCAGGAGGCCCAGGAGCAGGCCACUCAGAUCACCCAUGUGGAGCAGCAGCAGCCCUUUCAGGGAGCCCCAGCCAUCCCCAGGGCACUGCAAACACAGCUGCCUCCCCACCAGGCCCAGGCCACAGGCCUGCAGGCAGAACUGCCCUCAGUGCAGCCUUCUUGGCACCGCCCACCGCCCAGGUUGCAGGCCCGGCCUGGAGCCUCUGCCACAGUGGCAAAUUUUCCCCGGGGCUCCACUCGAUCACGUAUGGCUCCAGCAGGAGAACCUGGCCCCUCCUCUCUAGAACCCCGGGGCCCUCCUAGGGAACGCAGAGCACCCGCAAAGGACAAAAAGGGUCCUCCAAAAGAUCGCGUGAUCAUUGGUGCCACCUUCUGUGCUCCAAGGGGAGCAUCAGCUUCCAGGGCAUACGUGCCAACUGCCUGGAAAAACCUGCCUGCCACAUCAGAGACCUUUCCGGCCACCUCAAGGGUCUUUCCAUCUACCUCUCAUUUCCAGCCUGCCUCUUCUAAUGCCUUUAGAGGCCCAUCUGCCACGUCAGAGAGCCCAAAGUCACUGCCAUUUGCUCUGCAGGAUCCUUAUGCCUGUGUAGAGGCCCUGCCUGCAGCUCCCUGGGUUCCGUAUCCUGAUGGGAAUGCCUCAUCAUCAUGUAAGUCAGUGCCCACCAUCCUAAUGGUGGCAGCAGCUAACCCCCAGGGAAGUGCCACCGCUGCAGAGGCCUCCAAGUCCUCAGAGCCGCCGAGACGCCCGGGCAAAGCCACCAGGAAGAAGAAACAUCUGGAGCCCAAAGAAGACAACUCUGGCCAAAGGAUGCCCUCAUGUGACUGGCGGGCCCCCCGAACCUGGGGGAAUCCUAGUCAUUCUGACUGGGAGAUUCAGAGGGCUAUGCAGCUCCUGGGGGACCGGGAAUCCCUCUACACUCCACUGGGCCUGAAUGACUGGGGGUGCCCCAACACCUCUAGGAUGCCAAGGAGCUUGGAGGGCCCUAGCACUUCACGGGACCAGGGAUUCUGUGGUGCCUCGGGUGGGUCUCAGACAUGGAUGGCUUCUGAGGCCCCAAGUGUCUCUCGGGGAUCCAGUGAUGCUCAGGAGGACCCUGAUAGGGAGAGUCAGCCAUUGUCUCCCUUAGAUGAGAGAGCAAAUGCUUUGGUGCAGUUUCUCUUGGUCAAAGACCAAGCCAAGGUGCCUGUCCAGCUCUCGGAGAUGAUAAAUGCUGUCAUCCGAGAAUAUAAAGACGACAGCUUAGACAUUAUCAACCGUGCCAACAUUAAGCUGGAGUGCACCUUUGGUUGUCAACUGAAGGAAGUUGACACCAAAACCCACACUUACAUCAUCGUCAACAAGAUGGCGUAUCCUCAGUGUAAUUUGCUGGCAUCCUACUUCGAGAGGCCAAAGUUCAGCCUCCUGAUGGUGGUCUUGAGCCUCAUCUUUAUGAAAGGGUACUGUAUCAGGGAGAACCUGCUCUUUAGUUUUCUGUUCCAGUUAGGACUGGAUGUCCAGGAGAAAAGCAGCCUCUUCAAGAUUACAAAGAAGCUCAUCACCAACGUGUUCGUGAGACACAGGUACCUAGAGUACAGGCAAAUCCCGUUCACUGACCCUGCAGAAUACGAGCUUCUGUGGGGGCCUCGGGCAUUCCUCGAGACUAACAGGGUGCACAUCUUGAGGUUUUUGGCCGCACUCUAUGAGAACCAGCCCCAGAUCUGGUCAUGCCAGUACCUUGACUCAUUGGCUGAGUUAGAAUACAAGGACGCAAAUGAAGAAGAGUCCCAUGACAGCGAUGAUGAUUCCCACGACCCCACCAGCAGCCCCCAUCCUCACUAA